CCACGACCUUACAGUCCUUUCCUUGGUCUUCCAAAUACCGUUACAAGCCGUAGUAUGCGCCUUCACAUAUGCGUCUGCGUCAUCCAGAAGAGGAAUAACGGUCCGUUUGUAAGGCAGGGUGACCACAGCCCCUACCUACGACGAAUCACGCGUUUGGGAGAUGAAACCAUCAAUAUCUGGUGCCAACAUGGCUCACGGGGUUUGAUACUAUGGAGGAUUACACGCGGUCCACGGGGACAAGUGCACGAUUUGCGGGGGAAUAUAAACCGGCGCAGCUCUAGCCUCUUAAUAUCUUCAAUACUUGCCAAAUAUGGGUACCUUUUCAUUGCGGAGGACCGCUUCUUCGGCCGUUUAACCGGAGGAACGGUCAACGACGAGUUGAUUUGA